UCAAAAUCUUUUCAUAUAAAGGCAACUGGAUGGCUGGAAGACUCAGUCAGUCAAAGACAAAAUUUAGCAUAAUGCAGAACGGUCAGAUCCUCAGAAAUUUGUGCCUUCUUGUGGCCACUUGCUCGAUGGCCGCUGUGGUUCUGGGUGCGUGCAAUGUUUGUCAGACAAAUAAUGUGAAAUGCCUGAAUGAAACACACUAUGAGUAUUGCGCCACCAAUGUGGAAGCUGGCCAGGUACAAGCCUGCCCCGAUGACCAGGUGUGCACAGAGUUUGCUGCUUUCUGCAUGCCCAGUGGAGCCACACCGGCCUGUCAGAACUCAGAGGCUGAUGGAACCUGUGAGACCUGUGACGGCACCAACCUAUUUGUCUGCACCAGCCGCACCACCUUCCAGAUGUGCAGUGGCACCAACCUCACCGGCACUCCCUCCACUUGCAAGGCCAACACAGUCUGCUCCAUCCGCUCUGGGAAGUUCUGCGUGGAUAGCUGUGAGGUUACAGGAAGUCUGGAAUGCGAUAGAUCUGCCUAAAUGCUUGUAAUAUAUCUUAUAAAAAAUAAAUAAUAUCUUAAAUUUAAAAAAA